AUGCAUGCAGUUGUAAUACGCCUCUCAUGUUCAUGCUAUAUCGUGGAUGACCACUCACAGCCGCUGCGAGGUGGUAGCAAGCCCGAUCUCUGUUUUGGCUGCCUAGUGCAGCCUCUCACUCCUUCCCACCUCCGCCUUCCAUCCAUUCAGCUAUUCUUUUCUCUCUCCUCCCCAUCCUACCCCCCAUCCUACUCCCCCUCUUACUCCCCCUCUUACUCCUCCCGAUCCUACUCCUCCUCUUACUCCUCCCCAUCCUACUCCCCCUCUUACUCCGCCCCAUCCUACUCCCCCUCUUACUCCGCCCCAUCCUACUCCCCCUCUUACUCCGCCCCAUCCUACUCCCCCUCUUACUCCGCCCCAUCCUACUCCCCCUCUUACUCCGCCCCAUCCUACUCCCCCUCUUACUCCUCCCCCUCUUACUCCACCCCAUCCCACUUUUCCUCCCCGCCCCCUCCGUCCUCCUCCAAUGCCUACCCCUCCUCUUCCUCUAACGGCCUCUCAACGGGGGCAAUGAUAGGAAUCGUGGUGGGGGUGCUGCUGCUCGUGCUACUAGUCGUGGGGGUCGGUCUUUUCCUCUGGUUCAGGCAUAAGAACGAGGCCAGUGGGGCUGAUAACGCUGGCCAGGCGUAUACUGGAGCUGCGGCAGCAGCAGCAGCAGCAGCAGGGGCUGAUUCAGAGGCCAAUUAG